AUGCCCACUAUACCCGCCGAGCGCGAUAGUGUCUACGCCGUUGUCCUAUGUUAUGGACAAGGGGAUGCCGCUCGACAGGCACUGCGCUCUGAUCCUCGGCUCACGGUUGGGUCAGACCGAGGGGAGGCUGUCAUGCCUUCUCCGCCCCGACAGCGUCUCACUGUUCUCCCUGAUUCCCCUCCGAGAGCAAGGCUGGAUACAGAUACACCUUUGUUCAUCCACGCGGAUACAGAGCGCGAUUUGGACGACAGUAUCGGCGUACGGGAAGCACAGGAGAGGGCAGGAUCUGCGAGCACAACGCCCCCUAUACUUCCUGGUGGCACUGCGACUCCGGACGUUGCAUACCAAGGCCUUCCCCCAAUCGGCGCCGGACCUGCAAACCAGCGGCUCGAUUUCACGCCGCCCGUCGCGGCGCCAGCAGCCCCAUUUCCACAGAGCGGGGAAAUACACCCUCUAGACGUAUCACGGGAGGGCGAGCAAGAAGGAAGUGAAGAGGAGGGAGGGACCGAAGCUGGCGAUGCAGGCGAUGAUCUCUCCUCGUUAGGGCUUAGUGCAGGCGAAGACGCUGUUGAUCCGGAGGAUCUGCCGGCUGCUUUGUUUGUACUUCACGACGCUACCUACCUCAUACGACAGAACGAACUUACGAACCACCCGAGUCGUCCGGUCGUGGUGAGGGCGUUGCACGAUGCUUUGAUCGAGUACAUGCCUCAGCACGGCUUGUUGCUUCGUUCUCAACCGCCAUUGGCUGUACCAGGUCAAGAAGUGGCCCCAGCAUAUGGUGCAUCAAAUGCGGACCGCCCAGGAGCGGACGCGGAAGUUCACGCCAAUCACCAAUCUGGCCCGGUCACUCUUCAAAACUCGGGCACCGUUCAGUCAACUAUACAUAGUGACACGCGGCCCGACGCGCGUCGUAGUGGCGACUCGGGAACUCAGCGCUUUUUGAACAACGAGGGACGAUCCGCCAAUACGAUUCAUGCCCCCGCUCCCGCCGGCGCGCCUGGCGCACACCCGUUAACUUCGUCGGAGAUUAUCGCGCGUGCGGACGAACUAGAGAGAGCACAACCAACCACCCGUCAAACACUCGACGUCGGAACUGGUGUGCCGACUGAGGCAAGGCCCGAUGAAGGUCAGACAGGCGGAAGUGUGGAUCUCAGAGGCGGCGAGCCCAGUGCGGGUGGAGCCGGGUUUCAACCUGGUACCCAAGCUAGUGCAGACGCUCUAUCCUGGAUCUAUGACCGAUUUUCACUUCAAGAUCAAGGACGGAACGUGGACGAUGCUCUGAUACAAGCUGUGUACCGAUUGAAGGCGCUUGAAAUGAAGCAAACUACCCGGCUAUCGUCUCGUCACAAUCCUGACGGUCCAGACGUUGCCUCAGGCUCUGCACAGCGUACGAGCGAGAAGAGGACGCGGGGCCGGACGAUGCUUCGUGACAUCCUGGGUUCGAUGAAGUGGAGGCCGAUCGGGAAACGGCAAGUGGCCGAGGAUCAGAUUGGGCACUCUAGUUCGCGUGGCCUAUCAAUCAAACAAUAG